UUAAGUUCUCCUCCUACAGCUUACCCCCUAGUGCGUCGAAAGCCAUAGCGUCGCGAAUACUUCAUCAAUCAACGUGAUUCAAAUUGGGAACGGUAGCUGAGAUUAAGAGCUACAACAUAUCCAAGUUUCGCGACAUUCCAACGGCUAGGUUUUUGUCGACGUCGUUUCUUGUGAAGACGACUUUUCUGUCCAGAAUUUCGGAUAUAUAUUUUGAGUAAUUCUAGCUCCUAAGUUCACCUAGACUCCGUCCUUAAUUCUAACAAGUGGUAUCAGAGCUGUAUUAAGGACGUUGAGAGGAGUCUACAGAAGUGUGAAGACCCUUCUAGACCCACCAUGGCCUGUGGGUGUGCCUAAGUGGUGUUCUAAAGGUUGGAUGUGUCUUCCGCUAAGGGAAACUCUGCCGAAAUUUCGUGGACGCCGACACUUGUGAAAAUAUCGAGGGAGCUGAGUUGUGAUGCACCCUCUCACGCACUGGGUGAUUGAUUCGGGUUGCACCAGUCACAUGACCCCACGGGCAGAUUUGCUUGAUGAGGUAAAACCCCCUGGGAAGAUCAAGUAUGUGGCAGCAGCGUCAGGUGCUUUGCUCCCUGUCAUUGGUGUUGGAAAUGCCAAGGUUAAGGGAGCUAAUGGGGAGCUUGUGGGGCUUGGGAAUGUUCUGCUGGUUAAAGGCUUGUCUGCUAACCUUCUCUCUGUGCGACGACUGCAGAAGAGCAAGGCCGAAGUGACCUUUGGACCAACCAGCUGCCGUGCUAAGCUUGGGAAGAAGGUGCUAUGGAGUCUGGAAGAGGAGACCAGUUGCAUCAAGGACCUGUGGCAGCUGCCCAUCAUCCCAUGGAAUGGGAAGACUCCAACAGCAGCAACGGCAGCAGCGGCAAAGGCAACAGCAGGAGGAGAUGCAACUGCACCAACUGAUGGGGAUCACAAGGGGUGGCUGCUAUGGGACCUGACCACCCAGAAGCUGACAGUGUCAAGGGAUGUGAAGUUUCUUGAGUCCCUGUACUAUAAGGAAUGGAAGCAGCAGCAACAGAAGCUUCCAUCUACACCACUCAUUGUGGAGGCAGAUGAGUUGCAGCAGCCUUCAAGACAGGUGGAGGUUGCAGUGUCAGAGGAGGAGAUGUCUGGGGUGACUGAGGAAGGGGGAGCAGCUGAGGUGGAGCAGCAGCAGCAGCAUGAAUCUCCACCUCGAGUUCCACACCCGCCUGAGCGUCCUAGGAGGGAUGUGCGCCCUCCAGUGAGGCUGACCUAUGGGGGAAGAGGCAAGCCGAAUGUGGUGCAGGCUGGGAAUUCUUGAACUUUCAUUGAACUCUUGAGAUUGAGU